CAGGAUAUGCCCAGGGGACCCUGGGUCAAGCAGCCAGGGCAACGGGACCCGGCUCUCCCUUCCUCUCUGCCCGCCUCAGCUGGGAGGCCUUAGGGGCAUUGCCCAAGACUACCCCCAGCAGCCAGCACUGUCUCGGCCGGAGGAGACGCUCUGCGGUUGGGCUCCGAGCAACUGAGGCGGCAUCAGCCAGGCGGGAAGAGCAGGAUGGCACUGAACAAGGGCCCGGCCUUGCUGGAUGGAGAGUUCCCGGAGCAGGAGAACGUACUGCAGCGGGUGCUGCAGCUGCCGGCGGUGAGCGGAACCUGCGAGUGCCUGCAGAAAACCUACACCAGCACCAAGGACGCCCACCCCCUGGUGGCCUCGGUGUGCCAUGCCUACGAGAAGGGCGUGCAGGGUGCCAGCAGCCUGGCCGCCUGGGGCAUGGAGCCCGUAGUCCGCAGGCUGUCCACCCAGUUCACGGCUGCCAACGACCUGGCCUGCCGUGGCCUGGACCACCUGGAGGAAAAGAUCCCGGCCCUGCAGUACCCUCCUGAGAAGAUCGCCUCUGAGCUGAAGGACACCAUCUCCUCCCGGCUCCGCAGCGCCAGGAACAGCAUCAGCGCGCCCAUUGCCAGCACUUCCGACAAGGUCCUGGGGGCAGCCCUGGCCGGUUGCGAGCUCGCCUGGGGUGUGGCCAGAGACACUGCCGAAUAUGCCGCCAGCACGCGCGCCGGCCGCCUGGCCUCUGGCGGGGCUGACCUGGCCCUGGGCGGUGUGGAGAAGGUGGUGGGGUUCCUCCUCCCCCCAGCCAAGGGAGAAUCAGUCCCUGCUCCAGGACACCAGCGUGGCCAGCAGCCGCCCAAGGCCAAGCCGAGCCUCGUGAGCAGGGUGGGCACCCUGGCCAACACCCUCUCUCAGCACACUUUCCAGACCACAGCCCGGGUGCUGAAGCAGGGCCAUGCCCUAGCCAUGUGGAUCCCGGGGGUGGCACCCCUGAGCAGCCUGGCCCAGUGGGGUGCAUCAGCUGCCAUGCAGGUGGUGCAGCGGCGGCGGGAGAGUGAGGUACGGGUGCCCUGGCUGCACAAUCUGGCGGCUGCCCUGGAGGAAGACCACGAUGACCACACGGACACGGAGGGGGAGGAGACGGAGGAGGAGUCAGAGCCCGAGCUGGAGGAAGACAAGCUCAGUGAGGUGGCGGCCGGCCCUGGCCCACGAGGCCUGCUGGGCAGUGUGGCACACACCCUGCAGAAGGCCUUGCAGAGCACCAUCUCUGUUGUGACUUGGGCGCCCGCUGCCGUGCUGGGCACUGCCGGGAGGGUGCUACAUCUCACGCCUGCCCGUGCCGUGGCCUCCAUCCCUAAGGGCAGGGCCAUGUCCCUGUCAGAUGCACUGAAGGGCGUGACUGACAACGUGGUGGACACCGUGGUGCAUUAUGUGCCGCUCCCCAGGCUGUCGCUGAUGGAGCCCGAGAGCGAGUUCCUGGACAUCGAGAACCGGCCCCGCGAGCCCGAGCGCCGGGGGUCCUGGGCGCGGCCGGCCAGCCCCGAGCCCCCGCCGCGCCCGCCCCAGCCCCGCGGCGGCCUGCGCGCCCGCAGCCUCGGCCCGGAGGAGCGCGGGGACCCCCCGCGCCCCGGCCUGCCCGGCGCGCCCCGCGAGAAGCCGCGGCGCAGGGUCAGCGACAGCUUCUUCCGGCCGAGCGCCCUGGAGCCCGUGCUGGCCCGCGCGCUGCCCCGCAAGAAGAGCUGA